AUGGCGAAGAAGAAGCAGCGUGGCCCCGGCGCAGGGGGUGCUGGCGCCGUCGCACCGGAGCAGAAUGGAGGCGGGCUCAGCCAACAACUCCUCUCCUGCGCUGUGAAGUCCGCACAGUGGCUGGCCGCCGCCCCCGGAAAGGGCGACGCCGCGGUGACAGAGCGCCUCCUCUCCGCGGUGAAGCCGAUCAUCUUCCUUCGCGCUGCCAAGUACGAGCUAGAUGCCCAAGCGUCCAAAGGUGGCGAGGCAAACGCACCCGGCAAGGCGCUCCCCGCACGGAAGCGGCGACUGGAAGAGACGUCCUCUCCGAAGGCGCCUUCAGGCGAGGAUGUGGAGCAGGCGGUGGAGGCAUUCAAGGCCCUGGCAGCGCAGCCAGAGCAGCUUCUUGCGCCAUCCUGCAAGCUUCUGCGUUCGGCCUUGCACCCGCUGGUGGAGGCCCACAAGCGUGAGGAGAAAGCCUCACCCGCGUUUCGAAUCACUUGCAUGCUGGGACAGAAGCGGCUUGGCGCCACCAUGAGGGGCCCCGCUGGCCAGAAGCACAACGUGUCCUUGGUGAGCUGCGAAGCCUCGAGGUACGUCCAACAUUCCCCUUUCCUCACAUCCUUCUUCUAA